AUGUCGACGCGACCGACCCGACGAGCCGCUGCCAAGCGCAAGCAGAUCAUAGAGUCCGAUGACGAGGACGAGAUCGCAAACUCCCCUUCCCCACCGCCCGCAGACGAAGACAGCGAGGAGGACUUCACGCCCGCGCCAGCUAAGAGCUCACGCAAGUCCGUCGGCAGGAGGAAGACUAUUCAGGCCGAAACGCCCCCAGCUUCCGAGGCGCCACCCCGUCGCCGCGGUGGACGUCCGAGGAAGAGCGCGGCCCCAAGUGUCGCACCAGAUACCACCAGUGUCGAGCCGGGCGAGUCCAGCCAGGUUGCCGAUCCAGACCAGACCACCACUUCUACAGCUUCAGCGCCGCGUAGACGAGGUCGCCCAAAGAAGAAUGUCAUCAAAGAAGAAAGUGUCGAGCCCGAGGCAAGCAUCCAACCAAGUAUUGAGCCCGCCAACGAGCCGGACGAGAACGUGGAGCCGGUUGCCGAGGAUGCCGAGCCCAACCAGACUGCCAUGGAUGUCGACGAGGAGCAGACUCCCGUCAAGAAGCCCGGGCGCAAGCGAAAGAGUGUUGCGCCGCCAGCAUCUUCGUCAAAGGAGGCCCCGAUACCCGAUAUACAACAGCCUGAAUCACCCGCUACACCUAGGCUCUCCAAGCCAUCCGCGACUCCAGACCCCGACCGGUUCCAGACGCCACUGUCAGACAUCACUAAUACUGCUGGAAAUGAUCAGCGGCGGGCCAUAGAAGACACUCUUCUGAAUACUGGCGUCAAGCCAAUCAAAGCCCUAGACACGGUUAUGGAGAAGCCCAUGGACAUCGUGUUGAAGUCGCGGACCAUGGUCAUACCUCAGGUGGAAGAUUUGACGCCCAAACCCCGCCUCGUCAUCACAUACCUCAUUCUCACUAACUUCAAGAGUUACUCUGGGCGUCAAGAGGUCGGGCCGUUCCACGCGUCUUUCUCCUCUGUCGUUGGCCCCAACGGCUCUGGAAAGUCCAACGUGAUCGACUCCUUGCUGUUCGUCUUUGGAUUCCGUGCCAGCAAGAUGCGACAAGGGAAACUGUCGGCUUUGAUUCACAAUUCCGCCGAUCAUCCGAAUCUCGACUUCUGCGAAGUAGCUGUUCACUUCCAGGAGGUCCUGGAUCAGCCCGGUGGCGGCCACGAAAUAAUUCCCGACUCUGAACUCAUUAUUUCCCGAAAAGCCUUCAGGAACAAUUCCAGCAGUUACUAUAUCAACGGCAAGACGUCCACGUAUACAGUUGUGACCACCUUAUUGCGGGACCGUGGUGUUGAUCUCGACCACAAGAGAUUCCUGAUCUUGCAGGGUGAAGUCGAGUCCAUUGCGCAAAUGAAACCGAAAGCCGCAAACGAGCACGAUGAUGGUUUGCUGGAGUAUCUUGAAGACAUCAUUGGCACAUCGAAAUACAAGACCCCGAUUGAUGAAUCCGCCACAGAAGUUGAGACGCUCAACGAGAUCUGCAUGGAGAAGAGUGGUCGUGUUCAGCAUGUCGAGAAGGAGAAGCACAGUCUCGAGGACAAGAAGAACAAGGCCCUGGCAUACCUGCGUGACGAAAACGAGCUGACAAGGAAGCAAUCUGCUCUGUAUCAAAUAUACAUCGACGAGUGCAACGACAACCUGAUUGUUACCGAGGAGGCUAUCACUCAGAUGCAGGCACAGCUUGAUGAAGAGCUGGAGAAACACCAAGGCAGCGAAGCGGUCAUCAAGGAGCUGCAGAAGAAGUAUUCCAAGGGCAACAAGCAGUACGAGGCUCAGGACAAGGAGACUCAAGCCCUGGUUAAGGAGAUGGCCAAGUUCGAGCAGGAGCGCGUCAAGUUUGACGAGAAGCGCAAAUUCUUGGCCGACAAGCGGAAGAAACUUGAGAAGACAAUCACCAGUGCCGAGAAGACCAGCGCCGAUGCAGAGGAGACGAUCGAGCAGUGCACCGAAGAUAUUGAGACCCGCGGACAGGAGAUCAUUAGCCUUGAGGAGCAGAUCAAAGAAGCGGAGUCUGAGCUCGCCGUCAUCAGGGAGGGCUUGAAAGGGAAAACACAGGCCUUCUCGGAUCAAAUCGCAGCCAAGCAAAAGUCCUUGGAGCCUUGGCAGGAGAAGAUCAACGUGAAGCAGUCCGCUAUUGCUGUGGCCGAGAGUGAGCUGAACAUCCUCAGGGAAAAGGCAAAUGCCGGUGCAGUCGCCCUCCAGGACAUGGAGAACAAGAUUACCUCCACGGAGACGCGCCGGAAAGAGAAGGAGCAGGAGCUCAAGUCCUGCCAGCAAGAAAAGAAGGAGCUCGAGGCUGAGGCCCAAGAGGUCGAGGCCGAGAUCGAGCAGCUCGCUGGACAGGAGCCCAAGAUCCGGUCCAAGGUGUCCAACUCACGGCAGAAGGCAGACGAGGCUCGAUCGAGUCUUUCCGCGACACAGACCCAGGGCAACGUCCUGACCGCGCUGAUGCGAAUGAAAGAGUCAGGUCGUAUUGAUGGCUUCCAUGGACGUCUUGGAAACCUAGGCGCAAUCGACCAGAAGUACGACGUCGCAAUUUCAACAGCCUGCGGUGCGCUCGACAAUUUUGUCACCGAUACCGUAGAAGCCGGCCAGCAAUGCAUUGAGUACCUGCGCAAGACAAACAUGGGCCGCGGAAACUUCAUCUGCCUGGACAAGCUGAGGUCUCGGGAUCUCUCUCCGAUCCAGACACCGGAGGAUGCUCCUCGUCUGUUCGAUCUCGUCCAAGCGAAGGAAGAUAAGUUCCGGGCGGCUUUUUAUCAUGCACUUCAAGACACCCUGGUCGCCACGGAUCUCGCCCAGGCAAACCGGAUCGCUUACGGUGCCAGGAGAUGGCGAGUGGUGACUCUCGACGGUGAAUUGAUCGAUAAGUCGGGUACCAUGUCUGGCGGUGGUAACUCAAAGAAGAAGGGCUUGAUGUCAUCCAAAUUGGUUGCCGACACUACCAAGGAACAGGUCUUGAAGCUCGAGGGCGAUCGGGAUGCGCUCGAGCAAAAGUUCCAAGAGUUCCUCGAGUACCAGCGAGAGUGCGAGAACCGCCUACGUGAUCUCAAGAACCGAAUUCCUCAACUUGAGACCAAGAUGCAAAAGAUCAGCCUCGAGAUCGAGAGUGCAACCAAGAACUUGGCCGAUGCGCAACGUCGCAUCAAGGAGCUUGCCAAAGAGCACCAGCCCUCCAAAUCUGACGACAGUCGCAUCACAGCUUUGGAGAAGGAGGUUAAGAGCCUUCAGAAGGAGAUUGAGAAGCUGCAUGGUGAGACCUCUACAGUCGAGGAAGAGAUCAAGGCGCUGCAAGACAAGAUCAUGCAAGUUGGUGGUGACAAGCUCCGUACUCAGAGGGCCAAGGUCGACGGUCUCAAAAAGGAGAUCGCUUCCCAGAACGAAGAAACCUCGAAAGCCGAAGUCAAGAAAGCCAAGGCGGAGAAGCAGAAGACGAAGCUCGCAAAGGAUCAUGCAAAGGCGACCAAGGAGCUCGAUGUCGCCAUUCGAGAUCUUGAGAGCCUCGAAGAAGAGAUCUCAAACCAAGGCGAAAAGGCUGAAGACUUCAAGGCCCGCGUCGAGGAAGCUCAAGAGGCCCUUGCUGUCAAGAAGCAGGAGCUGGCCGAGUUGAAGUCGGAGCUGGACGAGAAGACAGCAGAACUCAACGCCACUCGUGCCAGUGAAAUCGAGAUGAAAAACAAGCUGGAGGAAAAUCAAAAGGCCCUCGCUGAGAACCAGAGGAAGGUCCGCUACUGGGAGGACAAGCACUCCAAGCUCGUGCUUCAAGACAUUCACGACCUCGAAACCGCCAAAGCUCCCAGGUCUGCUGCAGCUGCCGCGAACGGUUCAGCUGAGAAUACCCAACAAGGCGAAGACGGAGGCCAGGAUGGUGCUGAGGCUGAAGGAGACGGGGACUCCGACGUUGAGAUGACUGAUGCCGGUGAUGACGCCGAGGGUGACGCCGAGGGCGACGCCGAAGUUGCCGAGGAAGAGGUCGACAACACCAUUGUUCGCGAUCGGAAGACCCAGAAGACCCUGCCGCGGUACAGCAAGGACGAGCUCGAAGACAUGAACAAGGAGACGCUGAAGGGCGAGAUUGCCGCCCUGGAGGAGAAGACACAGAACGUCAACGUUGACCUCGGCGUCCUUGCCGAAUACCGUCGCCGUGUUGAAGAACAUGCCGCCAGGUCUUCUGACCUCCAGACAGCCGUGAGCCAGCGUGACGCGGCCAAGAAGCGAUGCGACGAGCUUCGUCGGCUACGUCUCGAGGGCUUCAUGGAGGGCUUCAGCAUGAUCUCCCUCCGGCUCAAGGAGAUGUACCAAAUGAUCACAAUGGGUGGUAACGCCGAGCUCGAGCUUGUCGACUCCCUUGACCCCUUCUCCGAGGGUAUCCUCUUCAGCGUCAUGCCGCCCAAGAAGUCGUGGAAAAAUAUCAGCAACUUGUCCGGUGGUGAGAAGACGCUCAGCAGUCUGGCUCUCGUGUUUGCUCUGCACCACUACAAGCCGACGCCACUAUACGUGAUGGACGAGAUCGAUGCUGCGCUGGAUUUCAGAAACGUGUCCAUCGUCGCCAACUACAUCAAGGAGCGUACCAAGAACGCCCAGUUCAUUGUCAUCUCCCUCCGAAACAACAUGUUUGAGCUGGCGGCCCGGCUAGUCGGCGUGUACAAGGUCAACCACAUGACAAAGAGCGUCUCGAUCGAGAACAGGGAUUACAUCGUCGGCAGGCGGCCGCAGCCGCAGCAGGUGCAGCAGCUCGGUGGCGGCGCGACGCAGACUGUCAACUUCACGCUCAGCCAGCCUUGGAGGUGA